GUCGCCUUUUCAACAAGCCCUCUUCCAUUUCCACACCCGCUCCGAGCUUAAUAGAUCGGCCACUCUCCUAACCUAGCUAUUCACUAAGACGCUGCUAAAUACCUUUUACUUACGUCCGUAAGCUUCUCCCUCGGCCCAAGCCACCAAUCAUCUAGGAGAUCAAGGUUUGGAGAAAAACUUUCUUGGUCCUCGUGCUUGUUGCGACACCCCCAAACCGACUCCCAUUAUCCAGACGAGUUUCCUGCUAUUUGACGGCAAAGUGAGAGCAACUCCAAACUCACUAACCCGGGGACUUCUCGGAAAAGAAGGAUUCCGAGAAGGCUUCUGGACUCCGGACACCACUUCAUCCUCUUGUUGUGCUUCUCCGGUGCCGGGACGACGUCGUUAGGUGGAUUAGCUCGAUCCAACCUGCUACCUCCCACAACCGACCAACGCACACACAACAAAACAUUCUCAGUUUCCGCGAUGCACAUUCAACAAGUUCUCUUGGCUUCCAAAAUGCGGAAGUCAAACCGCGAGCUCGCCGACGUCGCGCGCGAGGCAGAGUUGGAGCAGUCCCUCGAAUUCCAACGGUGGGAUUCAAUCUGGGAGGCCCACGAGUUCAUCAAGGCCUUUGUCCAGUCUGGCUGGGCCUCGUACUCGUCCUCCAUUACCAUCGACUGCGACCUAACCCUAGACGACCUCCACCAGCUCGGCUACCUCCCCAGAUCCCAGGGCACGCGGGCGUGCCGACGCCUUGUCCGGGUGCCCGUCAUCAACGAAGAGAUUGGGGUCGCGCUCUGGCAGAAGCUCAAGGCCAUGGUCGCCGCCGUCGACGGGGCGACAAGUGAACCAGACAAGGCAGAGAGAGCAAAGACGAACGAGAGCCUCAGCAAGAGCCAAAACGGAAACAGUAGCAAUGGCGAAGACGACAGUAAAGUUUCAGCCAAGAUCGCCCGCGAGCGCCUGAAGCAGGAGGUCAAGGCCAUGCGCCAGGAGCAUAAAGAGGAGCGGAAGAAGAAGCAGAACAGUCGCCGCCAGUCACAAGACGAGCAACCAGCCGCCCGCCCACAGCCAGUCUGCGUAUUUUGCCGCGAAGGCGGCACGGGGUCGUGCAAGAUCCCAGCCGAGAUCGUCGUGUCUCCAAGCUCUCCGCCCAUGGCGCCGAAGCAAUCCGGCAACCAGCAGGAAGCACGAAGCAGCACCAACUACCUGUCGCCAAAGCUCAGCCACAGCCAGCAGCAGCAGCAGCCACAGCAGCCCCCGAGACGGAGCGGCAUCUUUCCCCGCCGCCGCAGCAGCGGCAGCCGCGCCGGCAGCCGCACCGGCUCCCGUAGAAACAGCUGCUCCGAAGCCCCCCAGGGCAUCUUCUGGCAGCGCGAGGAACCUAAGACGAAGACGGCAGCAGCAACAGUGACAACCACACAGAUAUCGGCAGCGGCAAUCGAGUCCGGCAGAGCGGCAUCCGCAAGCUCUGCCGACGGAAAUAACGAGAAGGACGCGAGCAGCAGUAGAUGGGGCUCUACAGACGCUGGAGCCGACGCGGCUGAGGCAGCGCAGCAGCACGGUUCGCGGCUGGGAAAGCUGACGGACAAGCUGCGGUUUUCCAAGCUGGUCGGCAGCCUGAGCAUGUUUGGCGAGAGCAUCUCGUACGGUUACGGCAACCGCGUCUAUCCCAUCCGUGCGGCGGCCACGGCGUAA